CUCCUCCUCCCUCUCACACACUCACUCAUUUUUUUCCACUCGGCACACUCGGGUUUUCCAGCUGACCAUCAAAGCCAUGAUCUGGAUUCGCUGUCUGUCUUUCGGCUUCCUGCUGCUCCACCAGGUUACCUCACAUGUCUUUCUGGAUGCUGAUGUGGCGAAUGGCGUCCUCAGCCGGCAGAGACGAGCCAACACCUUUUGGGAGGAGAUGAAGAAGGGGAACAUGGAGAGGGAGUGUGUAGAAGAGCGCUGCAGCUGGGAGGAGGCGCGAGAGAUCUUUGAGGACGACAAAAAAACUAAUGAAUUCUGGGCCAAAUAUGUUGAUGGCGACGCGUGCCUGUCCAUGCCCUGUGUUAACAAUGGACUCUGUAAAGACACCAUCGGCAGCUACACCUGUUACUGCCAGGCCGGGUUCCAAGGCUUCAAUUGUGAAAUCGUGAUUCCUGAACUGUGCGAGAACAAAAACGGAGGCUGUGAACAUUUCUGCACCGUUCAUGAUCGAGUCAUCCACUGCUCCUGUGCCGACAGGUACUUCCUGGGACCAGACGACAAAUCCUGCUUCUCCAACCAAACAUACAAAUGCGGCUCCAUCGUCACCCAAAACACUCGCAGUGUUUUCAUAUACGAACGUCCCAACUCCACGGAGACCAACAACACCGGCUGGAACCUGACGGACCUUGUAAGAAAUGCCAACUUCAGCGAGCAGGAAUUCUUUGUUCCUCACAACAGCAGCGAUGAAAGUCUUCCCAUGGUUAAGGAGGAGGAAAUUUUCCCUGACAGAUCGAUGCUAACCCGCAUCGUUAAUGGGGAGGAGUGUCCACCUGGAGAGUGCCCCUGGCAGGCUCUCCUCUUGAACGAGGACCAUCGUGGGUUCUGUGGUGGAACCAUCCUCACCGAAUACAUCAUCCUGACCGCCGCCCACUGCAUGAACCAGUCACGCUACAUCUUCGUCAUUCUCGGUGAGUUUGACACGGAGGCGGUCAGCGGUAAUGAAGUAGUCCACGAUGUGGAAGUGAUCCUGACCCACAGAUGGUACAAACAGGACACCUACCAUAACGACAUUGCACUCAUCAAACUGACUAAGCCCAUCAAGUUCACCAGAUUCAUCCUGCCAGCGUGCAUACCUGAGCGCGACUUCGCCGAAAAUGUUCUGAUGCAGCAGCCUGAUGGUAUGGUCAGUGGUUUCGGUCGUGUUGGAGAAGGCCGGCAGCCGUCCACCAUCUUGCAGCGUCUCACCAUGCCUUAUGUGGAUCGAGCCACCUGCAUCGAGUCCAGCCAGUUCCGCAUCUCCAGCCACAUGUUCUGUGCUGGAUAUGAUACCGAAGAGAAGGACGCCUGCCAGGGCGACAGCGGCGGGCCACACGUCACACGAUACCACAACACCUACUUCAUCACCGGCAUUGUGAGCUGGGGCGAAGGAUGCGCUCGCAAAGGCAAAUACGGUGUUUACACGCAGGUGUCCAAGUUCAUCCGCUGGAUCCGAGAGGGCAUCAAGACCCUGGAGUCCAAACAGAGGCACGGGAGGAGGCCCAAGCGGGCCGACACCCCCUUCAACAAGGUCGACGCCCCCUUCACGUGGCUGUAUCUUGUCAUGGCGGUUGGCGUUAUGUCGCCUCACUCUCGAGUCUCCGUUCUUGGACUCUUCCUCCUUGCCUGCUUUCUUCAAGUCUUCACCCGACAAGUUUUCCGGCUGGUGCCGGAGGCACACAGUGUUUUCCUGCGCUCCAAAAGGGCCAACUCCUUCCUGGUGGAGGAGAUCUUUCAGGGGAACCUGGAGCGGGAGUGCUACGAGGAGAGGUGCAAUUACGAGGAGGCCCGUGAGUACUUUGAGGACGACGACAAAACGAUUGCCUUCUGGACUCUGUACUACGAUGGGGGCAACUGUAAUCCAAACCCCUGCCUGCACGGGGGGAACUGUACCAACAAGGCAGGGGGGUUCCAGUGUUUGUGCGCACCCCCCCACUAUGGACUCACCUGUGAACUGGGAAGACCGGCUCUGCCAGUAACACCAUCAACAGCGCCCCAAGCCUCUGUCCCAGAUGAACACGAGUGUCCGACUGAAGGGCCGACAGCGUGUCAUCAGUUCUGCACGACCUUUACGUACAUGUUUAUCUGCUCCUGUUUGCCAGGAUUCAAACUACAGCCCGACGGACGGAGCUGUGUGCCUAAAGUGGAGCUCCCAUGUGGACAAGCUUCAAACAAGCUGAGCACGACCACGCCCACAUGUAGCCAUGGAAGCUGUCCCUGGCAGGUGUCAGUGAUGGACAGCAGAGGGGCGGAGCUGUGUGGAGGCGUGGUUCUGGGUCAACGUUCGGUCCUGACCGCCGCCCACUGCCUCUUCCAAGACUCUGGAUCAGACCCCCAACCCUCCAACUUCUAUGUGGCCGCAGGCAACGAGGUCUCAAAGGUUUUGGUCCGGAUCCAGGCUCUAUACCUCCACAACCGCUUCAGCAGAGAUCACCAUGACAACGACCUGGCAGUCCUUCAGCUGGACCGACCCCUAACGUUUGGCCCCGCCCUUUUCCACCUCUGCCUGCCCACUAAGGACUUCAGUGAGAACAUCCUGAUGCAUUCUGGGAGGGCGGGGCUCACAGCAGGACACCCCAAUGGACAGAGCCAGGAACUGGUCUACAUAACGUUAGACGAGUGCCGCAAUCAGCUGAACGUAACUCAUCCGCUCAGCAACAAAAUGUUCUGCAUGAGGAGCCAAAACGGACCUGUCAGGAACCAAGACCGGCUGAGCCCCAGCAGACCUGUCGGAAACAGAGACCGGCCGAGCCCCAGCAGACCUGUCGGAAACAGAGAGCGGCCGAGCCCCAGCAGACCUGUCGGAAACAGAGAGCGGCCGAGCCACAGCGGACCUGGCGGAAACAGAGACCGGCCGAGCCACAGCAGACCUGGCGGGAACCGAGGCCGGCCGAGCCAAAGCGGACCUGUUGGGAACCGAGACCGGCCAAGCCAAAGCGGACCUGUAGGGAACCAAGAUCAACUGACCCCCAGUGGACUUGUGAUGAACAAACCCAGGACUCCUGGUGGCUCCAACAGACCUCUGGGAUUUCAAAAUCAGACCACAGACAAACAAAACAGACCUGUAGGAAACCAAGACAACACCCAGCUGACCCCCAAUGGACCUGUAGGGACCCAGAAUGAAGUCCAGGGGGGCCCAUUUGGUCCACUGGAGAAGCAGAACCACAACCUGGGGAAACCAACUGGGUCUUUGGAGACCCAAAAUGGAGGACACUGGAAUGCUAAUGUAUCCAUGAGGACCCCAAACAGACCUCAUGGACUCAUGGACACCUCAAGGUCAAAGGUUAGCAGUGGCCAAUCUAGCAACCUGUUACCAGGUUCACCUGUUGCUACAGAAGAGAAAGGGACGGCGUUCCUGACGGGCCUGUUGAUCUCCUCGUCCACAGAUGGCAGCAGAGAAGAUGGCUUGGUGUUUGCCAAAGUGUCCCGCUACCUGGACUGGAUCAGACUGAGGCUGGAGGUCACUGAGGGUCACAUGACCUCCCCAAAUUAACCAGGACCCCAAAGAAAGCUACAGUCCCGUCUGCCAGCGCCUCCUCUGAAACUCUGAAGAGACUCCAGCAGGUCCAAGACUUC